AUGGCCGUCCUUCCAUUGAAGACACAAUUUAAAGGUCCAGCUAUACCGGCUAUGGAGGAAUACGAUAUUAUUGACGAAAUUCUGGAUUUAUUUAGGGCCAACACAUUCUUCAAAAAUUUUGAAAUUAAGGGAGCCUCUGAUAGAACCUUGAUAUACGGCAUUCUGUUUGUUUCCCAAUGUUUAAAUGCUCUUUCACCAAUCACAAACUAUAAUAAUGCUGUCCGGAUACUUACUAAUUUGGCACUCGAUGAUUUUGCAAUUCCAGGUGACAUUGGCUUCCCAUUAAAUGCUCUUUAUCUAUCGCCUGCUAAUAAGAACGAUGCCAUGUUCCUAAGACAAUAUUUGGCUCAAUUUAGACAAGAGUUAGCAAACAGAUUACUCCAAAGAUUAUACCAACAAGGUCCAGAUCAGCCAAGUAAAUUCUGGUUGGCAUUUGGCAGAAAGAAAUUCAUGAAUAAGUCUUUAUAA